AUGGGUUUGAGCUUUCCCACAGAUUUCAACGCCGCUACAUUCGACUGGUCCUAUCCCUCGUCGGCCACCUCAGAUCAAAGCACAGUGGACAUCCUGGACCUUUUCUUCGAGUCGACUCCAAGCGUGCCAGUCGCUCAUUCAAGCCACCUGCGCACGGGGAGUGAGUCUCAACAGUCACAGUCUGGGUUUUACGGGGACGCAUUCUCGCAGUCGGCGGUCGACGCGUCAGUCAGCUACGCGAGCAGCGAGCACUCGGACGACUUCUGGACAAAGGAGACGACGCCGGCCGACUUUGGAGACAUGCCCUUGGACUCGAACACGAACCAGGCCAAGAUGCUGGACCGCAAGCACCGGCGGCGCGAACAAAACCGCAAGGCCCAGAGCAACUUCCGACAGAAGAGGAAGCAGGAAGUGCGCCGCCUCGAGCAGGAAGUCGAGGAGCUUCGCGCCCAGAUUGCUGGGUACCACAAGAGCGGGCCCACAGUCGGUCUGACCAUCUGCACCAGAUGUCGCAACUUCUUCCCUGCGUCCGCCGAGGUUUCUAUCCCUCACUUUGCGGCCUCUGGCGCCUUCAGCUCAUCUCCAUCCAGUUGCGAUAGUUGA